AUGGCUGGUAUUCCUACCAGCUCAGCGGCAGACGUUCCGAAGCUGUAUCUUGAUAAUGUUGCCUAUGCAGCGGAGAAACUUGGCAAAGCAGACAUUAUGUGUCUCAUUGAACCGAUCAAUCACUACACUGUCCCUGGCUAUUAUCUUUCCUCGUAUGAGCAAGCGAAAACCAUCAUUGACGCCGUGAAACUGCCAAAUCUGAAGAUUCAGUAUGAUGUUUUCCACGCCCAACAGAUCUGUGGGCAAAUAUCAGCCACUAUAGAAAAGUACAAAGAUGUUAUAGGCUACAUACAGAUCGCCCAAGUCCCUUCACGUGAUGAGCCGAACACACCUGGUGAGAUCGAUUACAAAUAUGUAUUCGGGCGGUUACAAUCCGCCAAUCCAAACUGGACCAUAGGACUCGAGCAUAAUUUUCAUGAAGCACAUGGUUCACCCCGAGACUGGGUAAAACAGCUU